CUCUCCUCUUCCCGCUUUUACGCGAAAACACUACAUGUGUUUUCUCAACGGGAUUUGAAUAUAGUGUGGUGUUUCUGCAGAUGCAGAAAAAAACUGGUUAUUGACAUUACACACUAUGGAGCUGAAUUUUACACAGAGAGGGCGCGACUUUCUAGAGUUACGCGCGCUGGCGCAGAAACUUCUGACUCGGGGGAACAACUACUCUCUGCGUCUGGAGAACUACUCUCUGUUUGACAACGGAUCGGAGCUCGAUCAGGAGGACUCAUUGGACGUCAACACUAACAUCUACUCUAAGGUUCUGGUCACUGUGAUCUAUAUCGCGCUCUUUGCCGUCGGCUGCUUAGGGAACUCUGUUACGCUAUACACCCUGGUGACCAAGAAGUCCCUCCAGAAUAUCCAAAGCACUGUCCACUACCACCUGUCCAGUCUCGCCGUCUCCGACCUGCUAAUACUAGUCCUCAGCAUGCCCGUCGAGCUAUAUAAUUUCAUCUGGGUCCAUCAUCCUUGGGCAUUCGGAGGAGUUGUUUGUAAAGGCUACUAUUUCAUUCGGGAUGCCUGCUCGUAUGCCACGGCGUUCAACAUCGCCAGCCUCAGCGUCGAGCGUUAUAUGGCGAUAUGCCACCCUUUCAAGGCGAAGAGCAUCAUGUCCUGCAGCCGCACCAAAAAGCUGAUCAGCGGGAUGUGGGUGGCUUCGUUCCUCCUGGCCUCUCCGAUGCUCUUCACCAUGGGACAGAAGUAUCAUGGACCCCACCGGGAGAAGAUAUGCACCACCAUCGUGCCUCCUGUCGUAUUGAAGAUAGUGAUUCAGGUGAAUGUGUUCCUGUCCUUUGUGGUUCCCAUGGCCGCCAUAUCUGUUCUGAACGGGGUCAUCGCCAGUCAGCUGCUGCAUAUGUUCAGAGAGAAGCAGCAGGACAACCGCAUCUGCAUCGUCGAGGGUAACCCUACCAUGCUGAGCGUUGCUGUGGAGCCAAACCGCACACAGUCGCUGCGUCACGGAGUCAUGGUUCUACGAGCUGUGGUUGUUGCCUUUGUGGUUUGCUAUCUACCCUACUACAUCCGGCGCCUCAUGUACUGCUACGCAGAGUUUACAGAGGAAGGAUAUGAUUACUACCACUACUUCUUCAUGGUGACCAACGUCCUCUUCUACGUGAGCUCAGCUGUCAACCCAGUCCUCUACAACCUGGUCUCAGCCAACUACCGGGAGAUCUUCUUCAACACGCUCCGCUGCUUCUGCGUGCCGUGUCGUCGCAAGAAACAGAGACGUGUUCUGAUCAGACACUCCACCAGCAUCUCCAGUAACCACACCUUCUCCUCCAACAUCAUCAAGGAGACCGUCUACUGACCACCCCCCAAAAAAACCACUCCCCUGAUAACAUUCCAUUUUAGAACUGCAGUGUAUGGAAUCUAUUACUCAGUUGGACUCCAUGUAUGUUUGAUGGGGAGCCUGGUACUGUGAAUCACUGACACAUUGUGCCACAUAAAUACACAAAAAAAUAUCCACAAUUUGAUAUAUUGGUGCAAUCAUCUGAAAGAAAGAAUAAGGGCGUAGUUCACUCAAAUUACAAAAUGACAUUGGUUUCCUGUAAGCAGUCAAUGGACGAGGUAUGACAGCAAUCCAUGCUUUGGCUUUAGUUUUCACAUGCUAACAAUUUAGCAUUUGUUAGCACAUUCAAUUCAUGGGACCGAUAUUAGCAUUUGUCGCGCAUCGUGUUCAAAUCGUAUGUCUGACUUUGUUGAGAUAUACAAUCAAUCUUGGGCACUUUUGAACAUGAUGUGCAAAAAAAUGCUAAUAUCGGUCUGAUGACUGCGGAAACAGAGCCAGGGCAAAAGCAUGACUUUAUGUCAUAUCUUGUCCUAACAGGUUAUUUUGUCAUUUGGGUAAACCAUUCCUUGAAGUGUUGGACAUAGUAGUCUUUAGCAUUGUAAAUAUUGUAAACAUGUAUGUACAUUCAGAUUUUUUAUAGAACUGUUUAUUCACAUACAGUACUUUACAAAAUGAUAUGAUGAUGGUGAGAACAAUCUGCACUCAUCAACAUAUGUCUGGAUCUUUGAAAUAUGAGGCAAAAAAAUAGAUUCUGUGAAAUUUACCAGGAAGUGACUGCCCCUCAGCCUGGUCAUUUCUGGACUUUUUAGGCUUUAUGAAUGACCUUCAAUGGGCAAAAAUGUUGCACAAUGGUCUUCAAGCGCAAAAACUUAGUACAUUUAUCCAAAAACACUAAUAUAUUUUUUAUCUUAAAUGCAUUUUCACAAAUGUUAUGACAUAAUCGUGAAGCCCAUUCAAAAGGUAGGACACAUGAUACUAAAGUAAAGUGGAAAGGGCACAGGGUAUUAUCAUUUUGCCCAGACUCACAGUAAAUGGGUCUAUUUUUAAAAGAGACAGAGAACGAUUGUCAAAAAUGAUCUGCUGCGGAUGUAACGCCAGGAAAGAGUAUUGAUCAUAACAAAAUCUCUGGCCUUGCAACAACAACAAAAAACUUGGCCUUGCUAUUGUCUGCUCGGACUGUGAAUGUUAACUAAAAUACCGAGAGAAGAUGUACUAUUUGAUGAAGAGGAACAUCAGAUGGCAUUCACAGCUAAUGGGUGUGGUGUUGAGCCCUGUAAGUUGUUCUAGAAUGCCAACUUCUGACACUUUACAGCUUUUGAGACACUGGUGUUGGAAUAUUUAAGAUGUACCACACCACUGCACAAUAGGUCAAGUAACAAACACUUUUCCUACUGAGGCUUGUAAUCCCACUGUGAUUCAACAUAUAUUUAAUAACAGUGUUUUAUUUGAGAUGAGACUGUUUGAGGCUUGUAUAAUAUUAACUCUACAUUGUCUUCUGUACUUAGGCUAUGAACUUUGAACCCAUAACAAAUUAUUUUUUUAAGAUCUGAUCUUGAGAGUAAUGCUGUAACAGAGCCAGCAGAGGAUGAGAGUGGAUGGCAUGAGCAACAUCCAAGAUGGUGUUACAAGACAGAGCACUCAAUGGGACACGAAAUGGACUCUGGUAUUUGAAGCCUGGAGAGGAGAAAGCUCUGUAGCUGACCUGAAUGUAGUCCACAGCACCCUGUCAUGACCACUGAGUGUCUGUACAAUACAUUGUGUCACAUGGACAAUGACAAACGAGUGAGAGAUAGAAUAAUGGAUACAGUGUUUCAGACUGAACACACGCUUACAAUGAAUAAAACACGCUGAAAGAACCAAGGUUGAUUAGCGUGGAUGCAGGAAAUGGAUACGAUUUGUGGGGACGAAAGAGUUGAAAUAAGUACAUUCUC